GCGGGUUUGGCGUGAACGAAUAGCCGUGGGUUCCGUGCCUACCUGGCGGAGGUUAGGCGGGCACGUGGUUCUAGGCUUCAGGCAUUUUCAGGAUGUCUGAGGGCAGCUCGGCUGGGGAAGCGGGCCCCGCUGGGGCGGGCCGUCCUUCGCUGUCCGGGGCCCGGGGUCUGAUCGGCCGACGGCCCGCGGCCCCCCUUACCCCGGGCCGCCUCCCUUCUAUCCGUUCCAGGGACCUUACCCUCGGGGGGGUCAAGAAGAAAACCUUCACUCCUAACAUCAUUAGCCGGAAGAUCAAGGAAGAGCCAAAGGAAGAAAUAUUGGUCAAGAAAGAGAAGCGAGAGAGAGAUCGAGAUCGACAACGAGAUGGGCAUGGUCGGGGAAGGGGUCGGCCAGAAGUGAUCCAGUCUCACUCCAUCUUUGAGCAGGGUCCAGCUGAAAUGAUGAAGAAAAAAGGCAACUGGGAUAAGACAGUGGACGUGUCAGACUUUGGCCCAUCUCAUAUUAUCAACAUCAAAAAGGAGAAAAGGGAAACAGAUGAAGAAACUAAACAAAUUCUUCGCAUGCUGGAGAAGGAUGAUUUCAUAGAUGACCCAGGGCUCAGGAAUGAUACUCGAAACAAGCCUGUGCAGCUUCCUCUGGCGCACUCAGGGUGGCUUUUUAAAGAAGAGAGUGAAGAACCUGAUGUCAAGCCCUGGAUAGGGAGAACCAAGGAAGAAAGCAUGGAGGUGGAUGUGCCAGCCCUGAAAGUGAAAGAGGAACCACAAGAUGAAGAUGAGACCAGGGCAGCUGCUCCCCCCAAGCCUGGCCGAGUGGCGCCUGGACUUCCUCAAGAUGUGUCUGUGGCAGACUUACUCAAGGAACUUAGUUUUGCCAAGGAGGAAGAGCUGUUGUUUCUGCAGUUGCCUGACACACUCCCUGGCCAACCUCCCACCCAGGAUAUCAAACCCAUCAAGACAGAAGUUCAAGGAGAGGAUGGGCAGAUGGUUCUUGUGAAGCCAGAGAAAGACCGGGAAGCUAAACUGGCAGAGAACCUGUGUACCUUGAGUGACCUAACAGAGGGUCAGGUGGGAAAACUGCUUAUCCGAAAAUCAGGAAAGGUGCAACUGCUUCUGGGCAAAGUGACGCUUGAUGUAACAGUGGGUACUUCCUGCUCCUUUUUGCAGGAGCUGGUGUCUGUGAGUAUUGGAGACAGCAGAACAGGCGAUUUGACAGUGUUGGGCCAUGUAAAACACAAGCUCGUGUGUUCCCCUGAUUUUGAAUCCCUAUUGGAUCACAAACAGCGGUAGAGGCAGCCAACUAAGGGUGAAGGUGGCGUCAUUUGCUUUUUGCCCUAGGAUUUUUAUUCCUGAACUCCUUUGAGACCCAGAAGACCACCCAGGCCUGCAAUUCCUGCCUACAAUAAACAUCAUGACUGGCUAUUUCAGAGAUUAUAAGGGCUCAAAGGCUUCUUCUUCCCAAGUGGUGAUGAAUGGCUUGAUAGCCUUUGGAGCGAAUGGAAAUAUGCACAUGCCUGCUGCUGUAUUUAUGGGCUUGUGCCCACUCUAUUUAUACUGUAUAUUUAUGUCUCAUCCUUUUUGUACCGACUGUAUCCAUAUGUGCUAAAGGGCAGUGAAGACCCAAAUGGAGCCAUGGAAAAUCA